CGUUGGUGACGUCCUCAUUUGUGAAUGAGGCUUUCGCGAGCUCACGGUUUAGUUGAGCAACUGAUGAGAGCGUGGAAGGGUCCCAACCAAGCUUAGAAAUAAUAAGAAAACAUUCUCAAAUGGAUUCCCGUGGAAUUAAGCGCUUGUUGUUUUCCUAUGUAUUAAUUAACGGUAUAUGUAUUACACUGCAAACUAAAGAAGAGGUGCUGUUGGAUAUGAGGGCAUCAGGGAGUGAGCUAGGCUGGCUGACCUGGCCCUAUGAACAAGGAUCCAAGCAAGGGUGGGAGGUGGUCCAGAGGAGUCUGAAUGGCUCCCAGUUGUACACCUACAGUGUGUGUAAUGUGGGCGAGCAUGAGCAGGACAACUGGCUGCGCACCACCUUCAUCCAGCGCCGCCCAUCGGCCUCUCGCGUCUUCGUGGAGCUGCAGUUCAUUGUGCGUGACUGCAACUCAUUCGACGGCUCGUCGCUCACCUGCAAGGAGACCUUCAACCUGUUCUCCUCUGAGUCGGACGCCGACAUCGGCACCAGCUUCCGCAAGGGCCAGUUCAAGAAGGUGGCCACAAUCGCGCCGGACGAGAUCACCAGCCGCAACGAGCUGCGCAUCAACACAGAGACGCGGGUGGUGGAGAGCCUCAGCAGGAAAGGCUUCUACCUGGCCUUCCAGGACAUUGGGGCCUGCAUGGCGCUGCUCUCUGUCAGGGUCUACUACAAGACCUGCCCGGCCACCAUCAAGAGCCUGGCAGCCUUCCCUGAGACAGUGGCGGGUGGGGGGGUGAACCAGGCCCUGAGGGAAGUGGCGGGGGCCUGCGUGAAGAACGCGGUGAGUGAGGAGUCGCCCCGCAUCUACUGCACGAUGGACGGAGAGUGGGUGGUGCCUGUUGGACAGUGCCAAUGCAUGCCCGGCUACGAGGCCGUCAACGACACAUGUCGAGAUUGUCAGCCAGGCUUCUUCAAAGCAUUUGUGUCCAACGACGCAUGCGAGCUUUGUCCUGUUAACACCAAGCUGCUGAGCUCCGGGGCACUGCUGUGUCUGUGUGCAGAUGACUUCUAUCGUGCUCCCGAUGACCCAACUACAGGGCCCUGCUCAAGCCUGCCCUCAGCACCGCGAGAACUGGUCGCCACGACCACCCAGCUGGCGGCGGGCAAGCUGCAGCUGUCAUGGAGUCCGCCGGAGGACACGGGCGGCCGCAGUGACAUCAGCUACAGUGUGGAGUGCCGGCGCUGCGAGGGCACCGCGUGCCAGCCAUGCGGGGAGAAGGUGCGCCUUGAGCCGGCCAGCUCAGGCCUGAUGGACACCAGGGUGGAAGUGAGCGAGCUGGAGCCCCACCUCAACUACACGUUCACCGUGGAGGCCCACAGCGGAGUGUCGCUGUUCGCCAGCCAGGGGGCGCCACGCUCCAACAGGCCCCCAUCCACCAGCACAUUGACCACUGCCCUGCACUACACAGACCCUCCCAAGGUGACGUCCAUGCGUCUGGACGAGCGGAGCCUCACCAGCCUUUCCCUGUCCUGGGCUGUAGCCCCCCGCAGGCCCAUGCCCCAGCCCACCCGCUACAAACUCACUUACCGCAAGAAGGAUGACAAUCUGGAUGUGACCACGUACACUGUUCUGAUUCUGGAGAAGAGCUCUGUGCAGAUCAGUGACUUGUCCCCAGGCACAGCCUACCUAUUCAGGGUACAGGCCCUGAGCCCCGAGGGCAGCCCUGGAGAAUCCAGCAUAGAGGAUGAAUUUGAGACCCUGACUGAAGUGCCACUGUCCCAGAGCAACACGGGGGUCAUAUUCGGAGCAGCAGUUGGCGGAGCAGCCAUGUUGAUGAUUGUGGUGGUCGUCUUGCUCAUACGCAAACGGAGAAGGCGAUCUCAUACAAGACAAGGACCAGAGGAUACUUACUUCUCUAGCUCAGAGCAACUGAAGCCGCUGAAGACCUACGUGGAUCCGCACACGUACGAGGACCCCAACAUGGCCAUCCUCAAGUUUGCCAGUGAGAUCCAUCCCAGCCAUGUGACCAAGCAGAAAGUCAUUGGAGCAGGGGAGUUUGGAGAGGUGUACCGUGGUAUUCUGAAAGCUCCAGGGCGGAAGGAGGGGGCGGUGGCCAUUAAGACGCUGAAGCCGGGGUACUCAGAGAAGCAGAGGCAGGACUUCCUGUCAGAAGCGAGCAUCAUGGGACAGUUCUCCCACCAGAACAUCAUUCGCCUGGAGGGAGUCGUCACCAAAUUCAAGCAUGCCAUGAUUGUGACUGAGUAUAUGGAGAACGGCGCACUUGACAAGUACCUAAAGGAUCGUGAUGGCGAGAUGCCCUCCUUCCAGCUGGUGGGCAUGAUGCAUGGCAUCGCUGCUGGCAUGAAGUACCUGUCUGACAUGAGCUACGUUCACCGGGACCUGGCUGCCCGCAACAUCCUGGUCAACAACAACCUGGAGUGUAAGGUGUCUGACUUCGGCCUGUCUCGAGUGCUGGAGGACGACCCUGAGGGCACCUACACCACCAGCGGUGGUAAGAUCCCCAUCCGCUGGACAGCCCCAGAGGCCAUUGCCUACAGGAAAUUCACCUCGGCCAGCGACGUGUGGAGCUUCGGCAUCGUCAUGUGGGAAGUCAUGGCCUUUGGCGAGCGGCCCUACUGGGACAUGAGCAACUGCGAGGUGAUGAAGGCCAUCAACGAGGCGUUCAGGCUGCCAGCGCCCAUGGACUGUCCAUCAGCUGUCUACCAGCUCAUGCUGCAGUGCUGGCUGCAGGACCGCUCCAAGAGGCCCCGUUUCCCGGACAUCGUCAGCCUGCUGGACAAGCUGCUCAGGAGCCCCGAGUCCUUGAAGGCUAUCGCAGACUUCGACCCCCGCGUAUCCAUCCGCCUGCCCAGCACAAGUGGGUCGGACGGCUCACCCUUCAGGUCGGUGUCAGAGUGGCUGGAGUCCAUCAAGAUGAGCCAGUACAGUGAGAACUUCACCUGCGCUGGAGUGGUCACCAUGGACCAGGUGCUGCAGAUGAAGAAUGUGGAUAUCAAGAACAUUGGCGUAAGACUGCCUGGCCACCUGAAGAGAAUUGCAUACAGCAUCCUGGGCUUGAAAGACCAGACCAGCACCCUGAGUGUAUUUGCAGUGUGACCCAAUGCUAGUGGGGCAGGAAUUUAAGUUGGGCAGCACUCUGACUGAACUUUGAAUUCUGUAUUGGACUGGACUGGAGCGGAGCUGCGGGGACGGCUUUGGACAGACAAACUGAAAACUUCUUAGGGGCAUGGUCUAGCCAAAAGAGACUGUACAGUACUGUCAAUCUUAAAGAUUUCUAACAGACUUGUUAAGCGUAUCAACAACAAAAAAAGGAAUGGAGUAUUUUUACAGCAAUAGAUGUAUUGAUUAGACUGUGUAUAUAUUAUACUGUAUAUAUGUUGUAUUAUCCAUGUCAGUUGUACAGAUACAGUUCAAUCCACAAUCUUUGUUAAUAUUUUGUUUGCAUGCUUCCCCUCUCUCCCCUGAAACUAAUCAAGUGAUAAAGUCUUGUAAUAGCUUGUACCGAGGUUGUCUCUUGUUUCCAUAGCACCUAAUAUUGAGAAGAGAAAAUUAAGAAGUCACAAAACCACUUACACCAAAGCAAUUAUUUGUUUGAAGUGGACUGCUGUGGCCUUUUGGGUAUGAGUCUGGCGGUGUUGGUGCCAGUGAAAUGCAUUGUGGUCCAUGUAAUCUCUUGCUAAACUAAUGAGAAUGGACUCGAAGCAGAGAGUGUGUCUUAGUCCAGUUUGGGAUGUUGUUGGCUACUUUUGUGCCUAAUCUGGGCUUGAUUUAGAUGUUAAGCUAUCAUAUGAAUUUGAGUUUAUAUGAAAAUAACGUGAAAAGAUAUGAGGUACUCAUCAUGUUCAGUUUAACUGGCUGCAAAGGGUUGUGUUAAUUGAUUGUGAUCAAGAACAUCACUUAUAUUGAAGCACUUAAAUAAGUAAUAAUUGGGUUGAGUUGUCUCAUCUAAAACAUCUAUCUUCUUGCCAUUAUUAUUAUCAUCAUGCCAUAGGAAGAUCAUUUCAAAUAAAAUGAGGCAGCUGAAAGAAUUUGUUUAUAUUUGGGUCGUUCCACGAAAUGAGGUUCUUUUCGUCCCUUUGAUAUUUUAAGUAGACAUUGUCAACAAAUAAAAAGCAUGUUAUAUUUAAUAUAGACCACAUGGAAAAUACAACAGAUCAGAUUUUUUUAUGUGAACGAAUACUUGCUAAAGUGCCAAAACACAUAAUUUUGACAUGUCCCUCAGUUUAUCCUCUUUGACUCCCUAGGAAGAUUUUAACUCGCAUAACCCCAACAUUUGUCCAAAUGUUUACCAUCAUUGUAAACCCUAGUUAUUUUGUGGCUUUGACAGUCAUUUCUGAAGAUUAUUAUUUAUUUAAUGUCAGUGAUUUCAUUUUUUAUUCUUAUUUUAAAAAAUGUAUAAACACCUGUCCCUUAUUUUAUGGUAAACCCUAUUAUGUGAAAUGAACUCUCGUUUUAAUAUGGUGAAACUAUUCCAUGUUGGAAAAAAAAUAGUUUCAAAAGAGACCUUGAACAUUUAAUAGUAAAAUCUGAAAGCAGGUGAGCUAGUUCUACUCAUUUUGGCCGUUUUGUGUUGGAAAACUGAUUGGGUCGAGUAUAACACGUCAACCCUGUUACCCAUGGAUAGACAGGCAAGAAAUCUUUUAACAAUUUCAUUGUUUGUGAAACUUGAAUUCAAUUGCCACUGCUGCUCACAAGCUUCGAUUCCCUCUGUCACAAGGGGAUUUAUGGCUGCUUUAAGAUUAAGUCGUCAACCCUGUUACUUUAUUUGGCACUUAGUAGGCAGUUACUAUAGUAUUUUUUUAAAUUUAACCUCUGAGAUGGGUUUAAAAAAAAUAUAUAUAUAUAUAUAUAUUUAUAAUUUGAACAUGUGCUCUUUAUGACAGAAUGUUAUAAUUAUGUGAAAUAAAACAUUUAUUUUCACCAAGUUACGCUACUCAAAAGGUACCUAUUUGGUGGAACGACCCAUUUUAAUGAUGGAUUUAAUUUUGAAAGGUAUUGUGUCAAGUUUUAUCAAGUCAGGAUUACAUGCCUUUUUUCAAAGUUGGUUGAAAAUACAAAUGCCCAUUUUUUAAUUAAAUAGAUGAUUUAGGAUUAGAAAUGCUUGUUGCGAUGAUUUCAGAGAAUGUAAAGUGUAGUUUGAUAUGCAAUUUCAAUGUGACAGUAAAAGUAUUUUUUUUAAAUCACAACUUAGAUUUACUAUUCUUUUCUUGUUCCAAUUGCUUUAUCCAUAUUUCUUAUUUGGUGUUUAGUAACAAGUGUUUUAUGGGAUGAAACGAUUUGCUUUGAGAAUGCAGAUACCAUUACACUCGGUGUAUUAUUUUUCCUCUCAAUGCAUUUCAUUGAUAAAGUGCCUGUUUCUGGUAAUGCCAAGAAAGUAUCAGUUUUCUUCAGUCUUCAUUGACCAGCUCAUCCAUAUCCAAUAGUUUUCCCAGAUCAGAGCACAAACAGAUCUGGUACUAACCUAUAUCCAAAAGACAGUGUGCAUCAUUUAUCCCAAUGCUCUAAAAAGAUGACGGUUUGUUACUGACUCUCUCUUCACUACUUGACUUUUUGCUGUAACUUUUAUGGACUGUCUUAUUUCACAUCUUAUGCUCCUUGUUUCAUAUAUGAAUAUAGAAGUCUAUAGAUUUUUUAUAUUAGUUUACUAGAUUUCCAUUUGGAAAAGGGAUUUUUUUUUUUGGGGGGGGUAGGGGUUUAUUGCCUUUUGUAUAAUUGGACUUUGUAAGCAUAUUUUACUGCUUUUUCUAGGAAAAUUACAAAUUCUAUGUUCAAUUUAGGUAACUUUCAUCAAAGGGAUGUCCACUCUUACUGUAGCUGUCUUACAGACAAAUUAACAAUUUCUUGAUUUCAAAAGUAAACUCUUUGUUUUAUACUUUAUUUAAUAGUCUAUUUAUUUAUUUUUUACUUUUAUUUAUUGACAUAAUUACACAGAGCUGGGAUUUAUUCGUAAUUGAAGGUUGUCUUUGUCACAAACUUUUCGUUGCCUUUCAUUCAUAUUUGAUUCCAUUCGUUGCCGUUGACCAAUGAUUGACGCGCCAAAAAACACCACUUACAAUAAAGCCUGAAGUUUGA